AUGGAGGAAGAUAAGAAGAAGAAAAAGAAAAACAACAAGAAGAAGAAUAAGCAGGCUACUAAACUGACAGAAUGUGCCUCAGAAUCAACUUCUGACAAUCAGAGCUAUGUUUCUGAGAUGGCGCCAGAUAAUAAAGGUCAAGUUUUGGAGAUUCCAGCAUUACAAAAUGAUGUUGGUCAGAAAAUAGAUGACAGAAGUCUUGCUAAUGGCACUGAAGGCCAGCAUUUGCAAGAGAAAAUUAAACAAUUUCAGAAUGAAAAAGAUGCAAGCAUAUAUAAAGAGGCUAUCCUCGAGGAGAAAAUGAAACAGUUGCUGAAGGAAAGAGAUGAAAAUUUACAAAAAGAGGCUAGCCAAGAAGAGAAAAUCACACAAUUACAAAAUGAAAGGGAUGCAUGCAUGCAGAAAGAGGAUAGUCGAGGACAGAAAAUUGAACAAUUGCAAAAGGACACGGAUGCUUAUUUACAAAAGGAGGCUGAUCUAGAGAGGAAAAUCCUACAACUAGAGAGUGAGAAAGAUAUGUGGCUCAAGAAAGAGGUUGGUUUUGAAGAGAAAAUUAAUCAGCUCGAGAAUGAAGUGGCCAUUCUAAAUUUAAAAGGGGCAAGCUUAGAUGAAAAGAUAAAACAUAUGGAAAAAGAAAGAGAUUCCUGGGUCCAAAAGCAGGAUAGUAUAGAAGAGAAAAUUAAACAAUUGCAAAAGGGCAAGGAUGCAUAUUUGCAAAAAGAGGCUGAUCUAGAGAGGAAAAUCCUACAACUAGAGAGUGAGAGAGAUUUGUGGCUCAAGAAAGAGGUUGGUUUUGAGGAGAAAACUAAUCAGCUGGAGAAUGAAGUGGCCAUUCUAAAUUUAAAAGGGGCAAGCUUGGACGAAAGGAUAAAACAUAUGGAAAAAGAAAGAGAUUACUGGGUCCAAAAGCAGAAUUCAACUGAGGAAGCAAUUGCCACCCUUGAAAAUGAUAACACGAAAUUACGUGCUGAGGUGAUGGAGUUGGAAGAGUCAAAGAGGAGGAGUCUCUUACAAGAAAAUCAUCUUUUGACACAGAACAUAUCUAGUCUUCAGUCACAGAUCAACAAACUUGAGAGCAGUGCUGCUUUUUCUCACUCUGUAGAGAACGAUGUGCUUACCUCUGAAAAUGGGGACGUGGACUAUCAGAUAGAAGCUGCACAUCCAAUGGUUGAGAAUUUGAUUAGAGAAAAUGCAGAGCUGGUUGGAAAGGUGAAUGAGUUGUAUUCUGAGCUUGAGCAAAGGGGUGCAAAACUGGAAAUCUCUUCCUCUGUUGUCUCUGAUCCAAAGGGUGUGAUUCCUCAAUCAGCUAAUGUCUCCGAUAACUCAGCUCUUGCUCUGGAUCCAACGGUUGGAGAUGCCCAUAGACGUGGAAGUGCACAAGCAACUGAUUCCUCAUCUGAAGCUGGUAGGAUAAUGUUUAUAUCGAGUGAAGUGACUGAGUCCUUGGAAGAUGUCGUCAUCAAAGAUGUGAGGAAUGGCAAGCAUGUGAAUGACAAAGAUGGUAAUGCACAAGCAAACUCUUCGGACUUGAAGUCCAAUGAAAUUGUGCAAAUUCCAUUGGAUGAGAGUGAAGUUAUGGAUGCAUCUGAUUUAGAGGCGGGACAAAAUGAUGAGAAAAUUGAUGUCCCACUUUCAGAAGCUCCUUUGGUUGGUGCACCAUUCCGUUUAAUAUCCUUUGUUGCUAGAUAUACAGAAAAUAUUGACACCAAAGAAAAGAUGAGGCGGAAAGCCAUUGUUUUUAACAGGCUGAUAGAAUCCUCCCAGAGUGGGAAAAGCAUUGUUCUUGAAGCUAUUGACCUCUUGUGGGUCAUGUCUUCUGUUUUCUGUUUUUUGCAGAAGAUCUAG